ACACCGGACGCGAAUGCGAAUGCUUUGCUCUUUCUUCGCAGAAAUCAACACGCGGACAACAAUAAUAUAAACAAUAAUAAAAUUUAACAUAAAAAAUAUUUUGUGUGUUAAUUUAAAUAUAAAGUGUUUUUAUAAAUUUAAAAAUUGUGUUUUAAAUUUUUUUAUUUAAAAAUAAAUUUAAUCAUGAUGCACGCAAUGAAUGAUCCGGCGGCUGCCCUAGCCGGAAUGUUACCAUUCGAUUCAAUGGGAUUGUACGAACAGCCUAAGCCUAGGUUUAUCUUCAAGAUGCCACGUGUUGUGCCUGACCAGAAGGCGAAAUUUGAAAGUGACGAGCUGUUUAGGAGACUUAGCAGAGAAACAGAGGUGCGUUAUACUGGUUAUCGAGAUCGACCGCAAGAAGAACGCCAAGUACGUUUCCAAAACGGAUGUCGUGAAGGACACACGGAGAUGGCUUUCGCCGCCACUGGAACCAACCUACAUCUUGUUUUUGCACCCCCGACGUCGCAAUAUAAUUCAGAACGCGAGUGUGAUUUCGAAAAGGAGCCUGGCAAAGUACACAUCAAAUCAACGUUUAUCAUGAACGGCGUGUGCGUCCGAUGGCGUGGCUGGAUGGAUCUGGAGCGGCUGGACGGCGUCGGGUGUCUGGAGUAUUGUGAGGAACGCGCUGCUGCCGAGGAUGCGCUUUUACGGGAGCAGAUUGAGAGGUAUAAUCAACGUGUGAGAGAAAUUGAAGACAAACAGCGUGGAUAUCGACAAGAUAGACAGGAACAAGAUAUGGAUCUACGAAUGCAGAGCAACCUCCACGUCGGGCAUCACAGUCACCAUAGCCAUCACAACCAUCAUGGAGCAUCUCUAGCACGAUGCCACAUACCACCAAGGCAUGGUUUGCCCCUACAGAUAGGCCUCCCACUCACACCACCAUAACAUAACCUAAUAUUUGUACUUUUUUAUUUUUACUGAUUUUUACUGAUUUUAUACUUGUUUUACCUUAAAAUAUGAGUACCUACAAAGGUUAAGAAGAAAUGAGCAAUCGUAUCAUGACAAACAGAAGCAAAUAUGUUCAUUAUGCAUCGCUGCGCACGGCUGAAAGUGUUCAGUAUGGAAAUGAAUGCGUAUUAAGUGCACCCCUGUCACUCACUUGUAAAUAAUCUGCAUAUAAUUGAGUCGUGUGCGACUCUACACUCUAAACAUUAAAAGAAUCAAAAUAUACUCAAACAGAACACACUGUAUGUACACUAUUUUGUAUUAUGACUAUGACAUAAUUAUAUUUUGCUUGUUUUGCGUUUUUUUCAAAUUCUUUUGAUUUUGAUUGAAUAAAUAGUUUGUUUGUAUUUU